AGCGAAGCUUUAACCUUUUUCUAACGUCAACGAACGACAAAUAUGGUAUUAGUUAUGACAUUGGCCCAAAUGCUAUCGGAUUGCAACAAUGAACCUGGGCUAAGUUAUUUGUUCUGCGUGGUUGACGCCACUAAGUACCUUAGUUGUCUUUAGAUUAUACAUGUUCUAUUGACUCUGAUCUCGAAUGAGGCAUAUAAAAACGAGAGUUCAUUUUAACUCUAUUAUCAGUUUACUUCAACCAUCAACGAAAGCAUACAAUAUUUAGCGAUGUCGGCUAUUCAUAUUAUUGGAACUUUUAUACUGUUGACACUUAAUUCAUUUGUGUUUGGCCAGACUAUUGAUUGCCAAAGACCUCCUAAACUAGUGGACCCUGCUACAUGUUGCCGAGAUGGAGGUCGAGACCAAAUUGCAGAGAACUGUGCAAUUCAAAUUAUGGGAGCUAAUAAUGGACAGCAAAACAAUGGACCACCCUCUAUGGAUGCAGCAACAUGUUUGGCGGAAUGCAUCUUAACUACUUCAAAGUACCAACAGGCACCGAAACAAUUAAACUUGGCACACAUACGAAAUGACUUAACAAUGAAAUUUUCCAAUGAUUCCGCCUUUGUAGAGGCCUUGACUGCUGCAUAUGCCAAAUGCGAGCCGCAAUCGCAGCGUAGAUUGACAGCAAUUCAGCAAAUGAGUCCGCAGCAACCCAAGUGCAGUCCAUUCGCUGCCAUUGUCUUAGGAUGCGCAUAUAUGGAGUACUUCAAGAAUUGUCCUACUGAUCGUUGGACCCAGAGUACGGAUUGUGCACUAGCUAAGACUUUUGUCACUCAAUGUGGCUUGGGUGCAUAAGUUGAAUUUUGUUUGUUAGCUUAGAUACGAUUUUAAAUUUCAAUAACCGUUUUCGGUGUGUACAUAAUAAACUAAAAUAUGGAAAAUUA